AGGCGGGGUCAAGGGUCAGAAGGCGGAGGCGCGCCCAAGAUGGCGGCCUCCAUGGGCGACGUGUUCUCCUUUUGCGUGGGCGUGGCAGGCCCGGCCCGUGUCUCCGUGGAAGUCCGUUUCGCGAACAGCGCCAAGGGAAAGGGGCUGUUCGCCACACAGCUGAUCCAGAAGGGGGAGACCAUCUUCAUGGAACGGCCCUUGGUGGCUGCGCAGUUUCUCUGGAAUGCACUGUAUCGCUACCGGGCCUGUGACCACUGCCUUCGGGCACUGGAGAAGGCAGAGGAGAAUGCCCAGAGGCUGACUGGGAAACCAGGCCAGGUUUUGCCCCACCCAGACCUGUGCAACGUGCGCAAGGACCUCCACCAGAACUGUCCACACUGUCAGGUGAUGUACUGCAGUGCAGAAUGUCGGCUGGCAGCUGCUGAGCAAUACCACCAGAUCCUGUGCCCAGGCCCCUCCCAGGAUGACCCCCUGCAUCCUCUCAAUAAGCUGCAGGAGGCGUGGAGGAGUGUUCACUACCCCCCUGAAACUGCAAGCAUCAUGUUGAUGGCCCGGAUGGUGGCCACAGUGAAGCAG